AUGUCAGAAAACGACAAUGCGCAGGGCACGGGUAUACAGUCAGAUACGUUUUACGCAGACCCAUUGCCAAGUACCUCGUAUGACGUCCUCGCGGAUAGCCAUACUGCAGGGGAAAAUAGCAUGAAUCAGGGUGGAUCUGCCGACAGCACUACAAGAGUGCUUGACCCGGCCGCGAUCCAGACCCAGGCUGCAAUUCAAGUCAGCAUACAGAAGAUCAUUGCUGGUAUAGAGCCAUUCUCUGGUGACCCUGCUGGGCCAACUACUGUGAUGUGGCUGAACACGGUGGAUAAGAAUCUGGCGCUUUUCGCUACGACUGAUAUCUCCAAGGAGGUGAUUGUCGCAUACGUGCAGAAGCGGCUUACUGGACAAGCUGAGGCGAUUAUGCAUGGCUAUGAGUUUACCAGCCGCUCGACUCUUGGACAAGCUCUGAGAACAGCCUUUCCUGAGUCAAUAUUUAUUGAUGAUGCUCGAGCCAAAAUGGACAAUAUGGCAACGUUCGAGAACCUGCUAGCCGAAAGUAUUCGGGCUGAAGGUCUCAAGCUAUUGCGCCAUGCAGGCGUCAACAAUACGCACACCACGAUGCUCGCCAGAACACUAGCUGAGAUGGACAGAUAUGCAUGGGUCGAUACGCGGCUAAAGCCAGAGGAAGCAACGAUUGACAACAUCGAUGACGCACUCAAGGCUUUUGAGCGUAGUGUUUCUAUUCGCCGAGCUGCUGGUGUAGCUAAGAACCCCAAAGCGACGAUACUGGGGAAAGCCAGGACUUCCAGCGAUGAGCACAAAAAGGCAAUGCCUGAGAGCGAUGAAGCGUCCGAUACAUCCAAGCGUAAGCAGCGCAAGCAGCGUCAGCGCAAUAAGGACCGUGAACGGAUCAAGAUUCUUGAGGAGAAAAUUGCGAGCGGCUCUCAAGGCCAGCAAUGCUCUGAGUCAGCAUCAUAUGUAGUUGGAGCAAUUUCAAAUACAUCUGUUGCAACCAUAGCUAACCAUGAGAGCCGCCCAACAGGCAAAGAGGUAUGGAGCAGGGGCUGGAGAAAAGUUGAUGGCGUGUCGCUAAACGGCCAACAAGCCAAGGCUAUUGCUGAUGAAGGCUCAGAGGUAGCGAUAAUUACCAAGGAUGCAGCUACGCGACUACACUUGUUAACUUGGACGCGGGAUGCACCAGUGCUGAUGCCUAUCUGGGGAAAUGCACAUGGGCAUAAAUCCAUAGGCCGUGCGUAUGGCACAGUGAGCAUUAAGCAUGGCCCUGAAACCCGCAUCUGCAUGGUUGUAGUUGAUCUGCCCAAUGUGCCUUGGGAUCUGCUGCUGAACAAGUCCACAUUGGACGCACUUGAUGUGCAACUGAUGACACCUGCAGCACGCCGUCGCAUUGAGGCUCGCCAACGUGAGCAAAAGCGUAAGAGGCAGGAGGUAGCGGAAAUCGUGUACGACGACUCUGAGACUGACACCGGUAUUGACAGCGAGCAUACUCUGGUUGACGACGAUAACGACGAUAACGACGAUGGCGGUGCUGCUUAUGACGAAACGUUUGAGCCCAAAACCAAAGCCAAAAAGAUCGAUUCAAUUCCGAUUGAUACAUUGGACAAGUCGAAAAACACUAUUCAGCGCGGGAUGCGUGUUAAGCUCGGUUUACCGCCGCAGUUCUUCAGCUUUGAGCGCGAUGAGGAGUUUACCCGACUUGAUGCCUUAUACCCACCAGUCGACGAGGAAAAUCUCUUGGGUCGCCUGAAUGAUCAGUGUCCGACGACUGCCUUGAAGCAUCGUCUGGUAGAUAUCCUGAUGAAGCACAACCCAGUUAUUCGUGAGUAUCCAUCAGGAUGCCCACCUCCGGCUGCGGUCGCGCCGAUUGUACCACCUAUGGUACCCGAUGCACGCCCAAUACAUGUGCUGCAACAUUCUCAGAGUGACAGUGCUUUAGAAGCCAUUGAUUCAUUUGCCGCGACUCGUCUGCAAUAUGGCAUCGACUAUCCAAGUACGACGCAUGCUCAGGCACCAGUAUUCACGCGGCCAAAGCCCAAUACUACUGCUCGCCGUGUUUUGCUUGAUGACUCUGCAAACAACGAGCUGAACAUGGUAUCGACGGGAUUGCAGCUAGCACGACCAUACGAUGUGUUGGCGUUCUUACGGGAUGCACGAAUCUGCGCCAUUUUUGGGCCUACGAUGCACAUGUUCAUGGCCACGUCGAAACUGCCAGACUGGUACAAGGCAAUUCUGAAUCACCAGCCAUUGCACAGUCGUUCAUCGAGUGGGUUAUGUCGUUAG